AUGGACCACACUCCCUCACUGCCCUCUGAGCUGAUCUCUGAACUGGCUCUGGAACCGGCCUCGAAACAAGUCCCUGAAUCAAUCUCAAAACCUACUCUUGAACUGCCCGUUGAACUGCCCGUUGAACUGCUGGAACUGCUGGCUUUGGCACUGGCGGACCUGGCUAACGAAUCCGGCGACGACCGCACUGGUCCCGCCAUCAAUGAACUCAAUGAAGACCAACCCAUAGCUGAACCCAUUGUCGAGCUCAUUCAACAGACCCAGGCCCGAAUUGAAGCUCAGGCAGUUGACGCCGUCGAUGCCUAUAUUAAUGACUCCAUUGAAGAAGUCAGACGGUUAGACCACGAGCAACCGCUGAUUGACGACUCUCUUGAAAGCAUUCGCCAGGGCCACAUGCGGUUAUGGAGAUUGGUACUUAUUCAUGCCCAAGCGGUCGAAGAAUACAUCUGUCAUCAAGCCACGUUCUACCGGGAAACGGUGGAAGAAGCGGUGGCCCAAUUUGGCGCCAACUACGCUACCACUGACCAGGCGAGACUGGCGUACAAUAACCACAUGAACCGGGUGGAAUUGAAGCAGCGGCUUAGAUUCCACCACCAGUUGUUCACCCAGGGGUGCCACCACGUCAUCGACCAAAGCCAUGCCAAGAUCGGUGAAGCCAUCGACGCCGUGACCAGAUCAGAAAUUGCCCACUGGCAAUACCAUAAGCGGCACCACACCGAUGUCACUGGAAUCGUUGAUUUGACCGGUGAGGACCAAUCAUAA